UCUCUAGGUCUCGCUCCCUGGCUCUGGCCUCUUGUGGUCUCUGUCAUCCAUGGCCCCCUGCCAGGGUCUGCUCCCCUGUCCCCCUCCUCGGGUCCAUGUCUCUCCCCCACCUCCCCCGUCCCCCCCCAUAUGCCCCCUGAGGCCCUGUUCCCUCUUGUCCCCAUUGGGCAGGGCUCCUGCCCUAGUUGCCCUGCUGGGCUGUGGGAGGGUUGGGGUGUGGGUUCCCAGCAUAGCAGGGCCCUUAAGUUUCCCAGAAAGCCAUCUCCCCCCCCCCCUCCUCCUCCCCCAGCGCACACAUUGUUUCAGUGUCUGGCUGUUUUUUCCUGUCCAGGACCCUCCAAGGCCAGGCCAGGGCUGACUGGCAGUGACUACUGUCCUGCCCUCUGCAGCUGGGGAAACUGAGUCAUGGGGGGGUUGUGUUAAGGGGUGAGAAUUCCUUGUGUGUUGGCUUCCUUCCCUAGUCUAGCUGGAACCUUGGAGGGCAGCAGGGCCUCCCUGUUUCCCUUCGUUUCAGAGAUGGACUCAGAGGCCCCACUGACAGCUCCCCAGGGACUGUGUUCACCCUCUGCUGCAGGCAUGGCAUAUAUACUUGACCCUUGCCCAUGGCCUUGUGCAGAGUCCUUGGUCCCCCAGGAUGCUGUCCACAGGACCCAGGUCACCUAAGCCACCAUGACUUCGCUGUCCACAGUCCUGGCUGGCUACACGUGCUUCAGUACAGCUGGAGCCCUAGGCCCGGUGGCUUUUCACACCUGACUACACCAAGUCCUCUUAUGGGAUGACGUCUGCUGACUGUGCUAGGCCCCAGACUCCCUUUGUCCACCAUUCAAGAGGGCUUCGUGUGCGCCCCGCAUCGUCCAACCCACAAAGGAGCCUGGCCCACGAAACCUCAUAGUCCCCGAUGGGUUGGGUUGAGGUCGAGGUCGCAGGAGCCCAGCGCCUCCCUUUCCUGGAAGCCCUAAGCUGUGUCACCUAAGGUGUCAGCUGCCCCGCCCCUCUCCCUCCGCCUUAAAGGGGUCCCUCUCCCAAGGCCUCCCAGGGUUAUAGCUCUUCCGUUUAACUGUGCCUGCCAGGGCUCAGAGGCCGAGUAGGACGUGGGAAUCCGGGUUCUAAGCUUGCCAUUCUGGUGUGGUGUGGCCUCCUCGUCUAGGCCUCAUUUUUCCCCGCGUGGGUAGUGGGGACUGGCGGUGAUUCCUGGAUCUCCAGGGGGCCUCCAGGGAACUCUCCGACUCGGGGAAGAGGGUGGAGCCGCACCCCAGAGGGGCCGCUUCGCGCAUGGGUUUCAAGGACCACUCCCGGCCCCGCCCCACGAUGACCCCCCACAUCCUUCUGUUGCUUCUCGCCUCCACCGUCCUGGGGGAUCGGGACCCCGUGGGCAGGCAGCCCCAGCGCCAGGUCGCCCAGCACCGCAGGCGCUUCUGUUCCCUGGUCACAUGCCAGACCCACCGCCUGCCAGAGAUGAUCUACUGGCUCAGCUCCGCCUCCACCAAGGAGCUCUCAGGGAAGGCCGGCCGCGAGCCCCAGGACCCCCACAGCUACGGACGCCGCCGUCGGCGCGAGGCCAGAGCCCUGCUCCGUCUCCAAGACCCUGGCCUGAAGAAAAGAGGCCAGCGCAGUGCCCAGCUUGCUGCGUGA